GGCCGGGAGCCGGGGGGUGCGGGGGUCACACUGGUGGGUGGUGACAGCUCUACGUGCGGGUGCAGGGAAGGAGUGCUCCUUCGAGCAGCUGGAGCACGUGCGGGAGAUGCAGGAGAAGCUGGCGCGGCUGCACUUCGGCCUGGACGUGUGCGUGGAGGAGCUCCCGGAGGAGCAGAAGAAGGUGGCGGCUGACAGGAACCUGGACCAGCUGCUGGCACAUGUGAGUGCCAUCUCCUCACCAUGUGCCCGGGCCUGGAGCGCUGCUGGGCGUCCUCGCCCCCUCCCCCACUGCCUCAACCUCUGCCUUUGCCUCCCACAGCUGGAGGAGCUCAGCAGCUCCAUUCAGAAGCUGCACCUGGCGGAGAGCCCCAGCCCUGAGGAGGCCGCGGCCUGACGCAAUGCCGGCCCUGCUGCGGGGAGGCGGCCCCGCGGGAUGGGAGAGAACAGGACGGGACAGCGGGUUUCCCCCGGGCCCACCCUGCGGGGCCGAUGGCAGUGACACGUCGCUCACCGGGUACAGGGUCACCGAGCCCCCUCACCCCCCCGCCCCGCCCCGCCGCCAUUUUGGCGGGCCGCGCACAGUGGUGCUGUGACAUCAUCAGACGGCGCCGUUACGUCAUCGGACGGCGUCCCGUUGUCACGGAGGCGAUGGAGGCGGCGGUCCCGGCUCCGGACCCGCGGGAGGAGGCUGAGGAGUGGCGGCGGCGGCUGCUCCGCUCAGUGACCCGGCUGCAGGCCUGCGUCCGGGGCUUCCUGCUGCGGAGGCGGCUGCGGAGCGUGCGAGCGGAGUACGAGGAGGUGGUGAGGGAGAUUGAGGGGGACCUGAGCGAGCUGCAGUGGAGGGGCCUCUAUCUGCCCAGGCCCAUCUUCGUCCCCGAGAAGCCAAUGAAAGGGAAGUGCUCAGCGAUGCAAGAACCUGUAUCAAGUGACAAGGACGGCACAGAGAAAAGACAGCAGGAGCUGGAUGUUUCCAAACCGGAACGGGAUUGGGGCUGUAGCACUAGCGUGAAACCUCCAGCCCAGCUGCAAAGCAAGAAAGAACUGAGUUCCGAGGGUGAAUGUGAUGUAGCUAGCCCCCCAAAUCUAGGGGCUGUUGCAGGUAAAAGCUCUGCAAAAAGGUGCAGUGCCCCGGCACAGAGCAAGGAGUGGCAGAACACCAGCAGCAUUUCAUCUGUAUGGGACAGCGCUGACCUGGAACCAGGGUCCCUCAAAGCCUGCCUGGAAAUUCCCCUUGUGGAUGUAAAGGAGCUUCCCCGAACUCGGUCUGGCCUCCAGUCCUUCAGAAAUCACUUGAUCAUGGAGCUGCUGUGGUUGCAGCAAGCUAUUAACAGCCGUAAAAAUUACCUGAAGCUGAAACAGAGGCUGGAGUCUCCUGGCAGCUAGGAAGGCAUUCCUGAGCAUGUGGGACAUUUUGUACUGUUGUGGAGGAGCAGAAGAACUGCAGCACCAAAGUCACAACGUGAUUUCACAGACAGCAGCAUCCUGGGGGAACGCCAACUCUAUGAGCUGAUGUUCUCCUCAUCAGAUUCAUGUGGCAAAAGACUUUUAUUUCUUUCAAAUGUUAAUAUUUGGUCAAAGCAGGGAUUAAGUGAUGUUGUGACACUAAGGAGGUUAUGUGCCUUGGAGGGAUUCCCAGGGAGUCCUCCCUCCACAAGAACCCAUCCUAAGGGUAAACUGAGGCUGGGAAGAUUGUCACAAAAGUUCCUCGUUGACCAGCUCAUUGCUUGUGGUCGAAUUAACAUGCCUGAAGGCCACAAGUGCUUUGACUCUGUAGGAAUUAGUUCUUCUCCACUCAAUUGUGGGUGACCUAUACCAGUAUCUGAACUGUAUUUUUGGGAUGGCUCUGUUUAUGUCAUAUCUCUGCAAUGUCUGGGACCUCCAAGUGCUCAUUUUGACCAAGGGCAAUCUGUUCAAUGCAAGGGGCAGUGUAUUUG